AUGGAGACUCCUCAUCAAAACCACAUAAAUAAGGCCGAUUUUCAUGAUGUAUAUGAGCCUGCUGAAGACAGCUUUCUAAUGAUUGAUGCUUUGGAGAAAGAUAUAGAUUAUUUAAAAGCAAAGAAACCAAUAUUCUGCUUAGAAGUUGGAUCUGGAAGUGGUAUUGUAAUAACUGCUUUUAGUAUGGCAUUCCCUGGAACAUUCUGUCUUAGCACAGAUAUCAAUGUAAAGGCUUGCAUCAUGUCUAAAAGUACAGCUUGCUAUAAUAAAGCACUACAUGAUUCAAUAAACAUGAAUCUUGCAGAUUCCUUCACAAAUAAUAAGUUAGAUGUGAUCAUUUUUAAUCCACCUUAUGUGGUAACAGAUAGCAUAGAAUGUGGACAAAAGGAUAUAACAGCAAGUUGGGCAGGAGGGAAAAAUGGUAGAGAAGUAACUGAUAAACUUUUGGAUAUGAUACCAAAGAAACUAGCUGAUAAUGGGGUCUUUUACCUACUGCUUAUUGAAGAAAACAUUCCAAAAGAAGUUUGUGAAAUUAUGUCUAGUUUUGGUUUCAAUUAUGAAUGCAUCAUAAAACGAUUAGUAAGGAAUGAGCGGCAAAUGGUAAUUAAGUUUUUCAGAUAA